AUGAAUUGGACACUUGUUUCCUUCUGUCUUAUUUUAUCACACUCCUGUGGAGCUGCAAACAUUACCGAUAUCGAAAAUUUGUAUACCGAUUUGAUUUUGAACGCAACAAACCCAGAAUUACUGAGAAAUGUGCGACCAUCCGACAAGACGAAAGUAAAAGGCUCAUUACAUUUAUUGUCUAUCAGCGGACUGGACGAAAUCUCAGGGACAUUUUCAACCAUCGUUACUAUAAAGUUAAGGUGGCGAGAUCAACGAUUAAGAUGGAACCCCUCCGCUUACGGCAAUCUAAAGGACAUCGUUGUUCCUCAAGACAAAAUUUGGACGCCCUCCAUUAAUAUAAGAUACCCGAUUAAAAAGGUAAAAAAACUGGGUCCGGAAGAGAACUUGGCAAAGAUUUCCAGAAAUGGUUCAGUCAUUCUUAAUUUAGGAGACUUUAUAGAGACAGUUUGCCAGUUUGACGUUACACAUUUCCCAUUUGAUCGUCAAAGUUGUGAUAUUAUCCUCUUUUUGUUGAGUUACACAAAAGAUGAAGUCGACUUGAAACAACGCCUAGGAGACGUAGAUCUGAGUGCGUAUUCUAGCAAUGGCAUGUGGAAGAUCUCCGCUACAAAAGCUUCAGUUGUCUAUAUUUUAACAUCUGAUAACAAUAAGUGUGCUGCAUUGAAAUACACGAUAGACCUUGAGAGAAGGUCAUCCUACUUCGUUCUCACAAUAUUCGUGCCUGUCAUUAUGCUAUUGUUGUUGAACUCGGCAGUUUUCAUUCUUCCCACGGAGAGCGGCGAACGUGUUGGAUACGCCAUAACGUGUCUCUUAGCACUGGCCGUCUUUUUGACACUAACAGUAGACGUUUUACCCCGUACCUCAGAUCCAUUAUCGGUUCUGUCCACUUUCCUGAUGCUUCUCGUGUUAACAUCCGCUGGUAUUUGUCUAGCAACGAUAAUUAGUGUCUGGCUUCAUCACAAAGACGAGAGGUCUCCCAUGCCACUACAUCUGAAGAAAUUUACUUAUUUUAUGUUAUGUAGGUGUCGUAAAGUUCAAAUUUCAGAUUGCACAAGCGAAAUUGUUGAGGCUAGUGAAAGUUCAGAAAAUUUUACGACGAAACUUGCGAAAAACAAUUUAAAACGUAAUGGUCAACCAGUAGCAAAUUCCAAAGUUCAAAGGUUAACAAGCCAAGACGAGGAUGUAACUCUCAGAGGUUCAAAAAGUAAGGACAAACUGGAUUCGAAAAAUGAAAUAAAACACAGAGUCAAGAAAACUACUUCAAAUGAUACCAUUCAUGUGGAGCUGAAAAAUGUAAAAUUGCACAACCACGAAAUACUUGAAAUCCCUCUGGAAAGUGACAUCCUUGAUGACCUCUAUGCCGAUAUCACGUGGAAAACAUUUUCAGAGCUUUUCAAUUUUCUCUGUCUUGUGGGAACACUUACAUUUACUGCCGUCUUUGGAUUUCUCUAUGUUUUAAUUGCAGGUGGUAAUCUCUGAGGAAAGCAUGUGUAUUAACCACAACAAAAUCAUGGAAAAUUGGGGUUACUUUUAUUUAAAAUUGAGCUGUACGAAAAUAUUGUCUAUUAUUAGAUUAACGUUAAAUAUAUUAACUCAAUUCGCAAAAGUCAUACGAGCUUGCCCGUAACGAUAGACAUGGGCUAUUUUUGUUUCUGAUUAUUUAUUAUACAUCUAACGGAAAAUGAAAGAAAACGACUCAUGGGAAAAUCUUGAGAUACAAAGAAUGUUAAAACAUUAUGACAUCAAAUACAAUUAGUAGUAUUGACGCUGUGAACUUUUACGUACACUAUUCGUCAAACACAUUGAUUUUAAAUAAUCUUUUCAACAUACAGUUCAAAGACUUUAUUGAAAUGUUCCACUGAAAAACGUCGUGUGAACAAAUCAAAAAUUAGAAUUAAUGGCAUAUUAUGCACAUUUAAUAAGCGGAAAUAAA